UUUAACGAACAAUAUGUGGCAGCUACAACUGUGCAUUUCAGUGUCAUUUAUAGUGGACGUUUGCAGCAGGCAAAGUAAACAGAACAUCAUGUGCUCUUGUCUUGGACAAGUCAUAUGACUUCCCUCGCGUUGAUUAUGGUAGCUUAAAAGUAGAGUGAGGCAGACGCACAUUUUCAAUGUCUAUGCUAUCAUAUGGCAACACUUUCAGUGAAUGGUCACUUUGCGUUGCUCCUGAUAUGGCUUGGUAUUUGGCUUUCGGAGUGCAACAAUAUUGGUCCCUCAUUGGACGAUGACCUCCUAUCGCCGUACCCCUACGGCCAUAGCCAUGGACCCUCGCACUCCCACCGUCAUGUCCGAGACUGCCAGUCCGUUGUUCAUGGCAACGUCACCCACCAGACCUGGCCCGCCAGCAACCACACUGGGGUGCCCGUGGCUGAGUCGAAAGUCUUCAUCUCUGACGUCCCUGGCACAAGCCGAUGGGUUACAGGUCACAUUACAGUGGUCCACGACCCCCUGAGGACGGUGUCUGUGCUGGAGCCUGGAGGGCCGGGGGGGUGCGGGAUGAACCGGAGGGAGGCGGUGGAGGAAACUGCUAGAGCCGGCAGGUGUCUCUAUGCCCAGAAUGGAGGUUUCUUUGGUACUAGGACCGGGGAGUGUUUGGGGAAUCUAGUGAGUGACGGGGUGCAAGUGAGAGACAGCGAAGGGUUGCAGAAUGCCCAGUUUGGCAUUAGGAGGGACGGGACGCUGGUGUUUGGUUAUCUCUCUGAGGAGGACGUUAAGGAUGAAGCCAACCCCUUUGUGCAGUUGGUCAGUGGGGUGGUGUGGCUGCUCCGAAACAGCCAGGUCUACAUUAACCAGAGCAUAGAGGCUGAGUGUGACACGACACAGGAGACGGGGAAUUUCCGCCAUUUUGUGGAUGUGGUGUCAGCCAGGACAGCGGUUGGUCACGAUAAGGAGGGGAAACUAAUCCUGUUCCACAUAGACGGACAGACGGACCACAGAGGUAUGAAUCUUUGGGAGGUGGCAGAUUUUCUGAAAGGUCAGGGGGUCAUCAAUGCCAUCAACCUGGAUGGGGGUGGUUCCUCCACUUACGUGGCGAACGGCUCAUUGGCCAGCUACCCCUCGGACCACUGUGUCUCAGACCCCAUGUGGCGCUGCCCUCGGCAGGUCUCCACCAUCCUGUGCGUCCACCAGCCCCAGUGUCAGCCUGAGGACUGCAGCGGGCACGGGAUGUGCAUCAAUGGGCACUGCCAAUGCCAGGAGGGCUGGAGUGGGACUGGCUGUGACACCAUGGUGUGCCAACCGCCCGCCUGUGGUGCCCACGGUGUCUGUACACAGGAUGGCUGUGCGUGUGAUGCUGGAUGGAGAGGGGCGAACUGCAGCCAAGUGUGUGAUUUGGGUUUCUAUGGCGACGGCUGCAACCAGACAUGCGCCUGCACUAACGGGGGCUCAUGUGACACUGUUCACGGUGGCUGCAGCUGCCCCAUUGGUUUUCGUGGCGACUCCUGUGAACAAGAGUGUCCUCUGGGUUUGUACGGGCUGGACUGUGGGCAGGAGUGCCAGUGCCAGGACAUGUGCCCAUGUGACCCGGUCACAGGAAGCUGCAAUGCCCUGUUCCAGGGAGAGAAGAACCAGAGCAUACACAGAGCUGGCCAUUGUCUGGCCAAUCAGAUGUUUGCAACAUGGAGCGAGGAGGAGGCACACAAAUCCAAGCCUUAUCUCUCUGAGCAGCGCUGGCUCAUUGUCACUGGCCUGUUGACCUCUCUGCUGUUGGCCAGCCUGGUGGGUCACCUGAUCAUGUGUUGGCGGUCCGCGGCUCACCACCCCGGCCGUGUGGACUACUCCUACGUGCCACUGACAGAGAUUGGUGGUGCGUGCAGUUCAGGGGUCCGAGGGAAAGGGUCGCAACCCAGCAGAGGCGUAUUCGAGAUGGAGGACUCAGACUCCCAGGAUGAACUGUGGUCGGGUCCGCGCUGAGGGAGGGUGAUGGGGGACAGGUGGGAGUGAGCCUACCCUGUUAGGACCGUCUGGAGGAGCUAUCUCUAACAUAUUGUAAAGAGGGGAGGAAGGUUUAUAUAGAGAAUGGGUUGCAAUCAAUGAAGGAGAGGAAGAGAUGGAGCCAGGGAUAGAGAAGAGCAUAAAGAGGUCAGCGCUGGAGGGAGUGCAGUGCAGAGAGAGGGAUCCAAGAGAGGGAGGGAGGGUGUGACGAAGAGGCCAUUGGAUGUUUCAAACUCUAACCCCUAUUUGAAGAGGGCAAUUUGUAUUUUCCCUUCGGCUCAUCAGCCACCAUCUCGUUAUCCAGAGUGGAUGUAAAGAAAGAGGAAAAAGACUGAAAAGAAAGAGGCAAAGAAGUAAGAGGAAGAAAAUAACUUCUAACCCUUUGUACUUUUUUAUACUAAAUUACUAUUUUAUUGUCCUCCACUCUAGAUUUUUCUAAUUGACAAAGAAGAAACAAUAUGCCAACAUAUUUGAUCGUGACUAAUAUCAACAGUAGACUAUGUUUCCAUAUAAGAAUAGGUAUUUUAAGGGGACAUAAACAGAAGGUGAUUCUGGGCCUUUUGUUUGCCAUCCUGUUCCACAAGCAUGGGAUGAAUUUCUCCACUUGUUGCCAUGAGAACAGACAAGGUAAGAACUUUGAACCCUAGCCAGGAAAUCCCCAACGCUCCAACCCACUGAACCUUGUAUUUAUGGAGUCCACUUUAUCAAAUGAUUCAAUGUGAAUGCACCCAGGUUCACUGGGAUUGUUUUUAAUAUUUCCAAACUAUUUUGUCAGUGUUUCCACUAGCCCCGUGAAGCACCUAUUUUUGUAACUGUUCAGACAAACUGUUGAAAUCAUGUUUAAAGGAUGUCUGGGUGCCAAGUGUGCUUCUGGUUCAGCCAAAAUGUUCUACGGCAGCAGUAGGGAUUUGAAUGCAGAAAUAAGGAUGUACCCAAACUAGUUUGACAGGACCUGAGUGAGUAUAUAUAUAUUUUUUUGUCUGACCAAUUGUUUGUUGAUCGCUCCUUGACCCCAAUCUCAGUUCUUUAACAGAAAGUUAAUUCUAGUUAUUUUUCAGUUGAGGCUUCUCACAAAGACGAGGAAAUCUCUUUUCCAUAUGAGAAUUGUGUGGCGGCUUGGUGGAGAUGAGUGAGUUAGAGGGACAAUGAGACUAUUGGGGUAGUAUAUGGUCAUGUUGGGGUGGGGGGG